CUGCGGCCCCGUGGCUGCGGAACGUGCAAGUUGCCAACGUUGCCGCUCGUGUGCCAAUCAGCUGCCACCGCUGGCGCUCGUAUUAUCCCACAGUAGCUAGCCGCUGGUGCUAGCGGUGUGUAUGCUAGCGGUAUGUUUUCGUUGUACAUUAAAGGCAUCGUUAGCUGUUAAGCUAGUUGCCGCGCUAGGCCGCAGCGCAGCCCGUUUUGAACCAUGUCACCAAGUCUCCUCCGUGGCAGCGUUGCUGUUCGAAUUGAGUCGUGGUGAGGUUUUGGAUAAUUGAAUAAAAAAACCUCGAUUAGCGAACGUUCCCCCACGUCAGUUGUCAUCUGAAGAUUAGCCGCUUCCCUGCUAGCUAGAGUAUCUCCUGCUAGCUAGCUCCACAGCAGCCACGUCCACUCAUUGCCAACCCACUUCUCCAAUAACACUCAAACCCAUGUUAAUAUAUUAUCCGUAAACACGACAAGACUGCAGUCAGCUGCCCUGACGUCUGGCGAGCUUGCUUUAAACUACUCAAUGUGGACACUUCAAAGCGGCUUGGUUGUCCUUCCAGCAACACCUGACAGGUUCUACCUCGAUGUGACUCCCUAUGUAUCCAAUGGACCGGACGUCAGAAGCCACUUGUUACACGCGUGGCACCGAGACCAAGAGGUGUGGAGAUGUCCUUGAAUUAUUGAACAGUACCUUCCUGUACCUGAAGUUCCUGGUGGUGUGGGCACUUGUGCUGCUGGCAGACUUUGUACUUGAGUUCAGGUUCGAGUACCUCUGGCCGUUCUGGCUCUUCAUCCGGAGUGUGUACGACUCCUUUAGAUACCAGGGGCUGGCCUUCUCAGUAUUCUUUGUGUGUGUGGCGUUUACCUCGGACAUCAUUUGCCUCCUCUUCAUCCCGGUGCAAUGGCUAUUCUUCGCUGCCAGUACCUAUGUGUGGGUGCAGUAUGUUUGGCACACAGAGAGGGGUGUCUGUCUGCCCACAGUGUCUCUAUGGAUACUUUUUGUGUACAUCGAGGCAGCCAUCAGAUUCAAAGACCUGAAGAACUUCCACGUGGACUUGUGUCGUCCUUUUGCUGCACACUGCAUUGGCUACCCAGUGGUCACACUGGGCUUCGGCUUCAAGAGCUACGUAAGCUAUAAGAUGCGCCUCCGGAAGCAGAAGGAGGUGCAGAAGGAGAAUGAGUUUUACAUGCAGCUCCUGCAGCAGGCUCUGCCUCCAGAGCAACAGAUGCUUCAGAGGCAAGAGCGAGAAGCAGAAGAAGCAGCAGCAGCAGCUAAAGGAAUAUCUGAAGUGGACACACCUCCAGUGUCACAGAAUGGCGCCCCAGCCAAUAAAAAGAUAUCGGCACCACUGCCGGAACUAGACUAUAGAGAAAAAGGGAAAGAGGGAAGGGGCGGCGGGGAGACUAAAAAGCAGCACAACAGCAACAACAGCAUCCUGCCAUCAUCAGUGGACUCUAAACUCCAGGAGAUGGAGUAUAUGGAGAACCAUAUGAACAACAAGAGACUGACCACAGAGCUGGGCAGCACAGAGAACCUGUUGCUCAAAGAGGACAACAAUUCGUCCUGCUCCUCCUCAUCCUCCUCCUCCUCCAAAAACUACAAAAACGCGAGCAGCAAUGCGGCGACGCUCAACUCCUCGCCCCGGGGCCAUAGUGCUACAAACGGCAGCGUGCCCUCCUCCACGCCAUCAUCCUCCUCUUCGUCGGGGAAGAAUGACAAGAAGCACAAGUUAUCGGUGGGGAAGGGGACGUCAGGAGGCUCACACAGGGAUCCCUCAGACAACUGUAUCCCAAACAACCAGCUGAGCAAGCCAGAAGCACUUGUUAGAUUGGAGCAGGACGUUAAAAAGUUGAAGGCGGACCUGCAGGCCAGCCGGCAGGUGGAGCAAGACCUGCGCAGCCAGCUUGGCUCACUGGGCAGCGCCGAGCGCUCCAUACGCACCGAGCUGGGUCAACUACGCCAGGAGAACGAGUUGCUGCAGAACAAACUCCAUAAUGCUGUGCAGGCGAAGCAGAAGGACAAACAGACAGUAGGCCAGCUAGAGAAGAGGCUCAAAGUCGAGCAGGAGGCUCGAGCUGCCGCUGAGAAACAGCUCGCAGACGAAAAGAAGAGAAAGAAGUUAGAGGAGGCCACAGCAGCCAGAGCAGUAGCACUAGCAGCAGCAUCCAGAGGGGAGUGCACAGACACGCUGCGGCGGCGGAUCACUGAAUUAGAAACAGAGUGUAAGAAGCUAACAAUGGAUAUCAAGCUGAAGGAGGACCAGAUCCGAGAUUUUGAACUGAAAGUGCAGGAGCUUCAUAAAUAUAAGGAGAAUGAAAAAGACACAGAGGUGCUGAUGUCAGCGCUGUCAGCCAUGCAGGACAAGACCCAGCACCUGGAGAACAGCCUGAGUGCAGAGACGAGGAUCAAACUGGACCUCUUCUCUGCACUGGGAGACGCCAAGAGACAGCUGGAGAUUGCACAAGGUCAAAUCCUGCAGAAGGACCAGGAGAUCAAAGACCUGAAGCAGAAGAUAGCCGAAGUGAUGGCCGUCAUGCCCAGCAUCUCCUACUCUGCCGACACCAGCAGCAUGACCCCCGUGGCCCCCCACUACUCCUCCAAGUUCAUGGACACCAAUCCCUCCGGCCUAGACCCCAACGCCUCCGUUUACCAGCCACUUAAAAAGUGAACGCUUCAUCCUGCCCCCUCCCCUCCCUGCCCUUCAUCCUUACCCGUGUCCUUUUCAUCUUCCCUGCAGGCCUACCCCCUUCCAAUCUGCUCGGCAUGUCUGCGGCUGAGAACGUUGUUUUUCUUGGGGGUUUUUUGUUUUCUCCUCGCCAGGUCAGAAGGAUGUUGUAUUGUGUGACUGUAUUUGUUGUAGUUAAAACAAAAGACAAAAAAAAAAAAAACUUUAAACGGACAUCACAUGUCAACUAGGAAGUCCCAGGUUUUUUUUUCUUCUCUUAAGUGUCUAGUGAAACCUCACAGAAUCAGGUAUGUACCUUCAUCUCAAGGGUGUUGCUCUCCCUUUCCCACCACCACUGCAACCCGUUGCCUGCUCUUUGGUCCUGGUUUAUUUCGGGGGGGGGGGGGCUGAAUUGUCCCUCCUAAAACUGGAAAAAAUUGAGUUCUCCUUCAUCAUACAGUCUGACCCUUGUCCCAAUUUCUUUGACAGAUUGUUUUUCUCACAAGGUAGCAAGGCAACAUCUGUACAACCAGAGGAAUGUAGUGCAAAGUUGGCACAGACUCUCGCCCCCAUUAUGUUUCAUUUAUUCUUUCAAUCCACAAUCGGACACCAAAUUAACCCUGCCCUCAGCUGCUUAGGAAUUUGGUGGUACAUCAUUUUAUUCAAGUGUAUUUUGUGGUUCUAUCCUUUAAGAUUCAAGUGUUGAUUUCAACAAGCUGGAAAAGAUCUUAUGUUAGAAACGGAAACGGACCUUGAAACGAAACGAACCCCAGCGGCACAAAGUGUUCAGCAUCAGUUUGUCCCCCCCCCCCCACCCUCGCUUCUUUUCUGUAAGAGUUUCUGAGUUGAAGGAGCACCGGAAGAGAAGACUGUGUGCGAGUGCUCAGCCUGUCAGUGCUUCUGAAUAGUCUUUCAACAUUACUAAUAUGCGUCAUGAUCACAGUGCCUUGAGUCAAGGACAUGCAGUGGGUGAGAUGAUGAGAAAUGGUUGUGAAACAUCAGGCUAAAGCUGCAAUGGAUAAGAAUUUGACCCCGCCCAAUCAAGAGGGACGAGGUUACUUCAGAAACCAAUUAGGUUUUUUGGCCUCUCUGCUGAUUUCCACACUCGUGGGGAAGCGGAAGGGAAGGGAUGCCCUGUCCCUUAUUAUCAGUCACAGUGGACAGAUACAGUGGUUAGCAACAAAACCAAGACUUUUCAUUGUACACCAUUGUACGCCUGUCUUCGGUACAUUGGCAUGACGUUAUUAGAGUCUACUGCACACAGGUCUCUGAAUGGUCACAUGAUCCACACACUGAAGCUCAUCUACACAAUAGUUUGACCCCAAAUCCCUCAGCGAAGCCAUAGCUCCCUCUUUUCUUUUUCUUUUGAGUUGCAAUUGAAAGUUGCACUGUUAGAAAACACACACUGUUUGAAAGGGAAAACUAAAAAGAUGGAUUGUGCAAUGUACACAAAGCUUUGGAAAAUACAAACUUGAAUAUAACAGUUAAAUAAUAUUAUUUAAUUCACGAUUCAUAUUCAGUUCAUGUGCCAAGACUGGAAUGCUUUGUUUCCCCAGUAAUGUGUUCAAGAAUGUACUUCAAAUACAUUGGCUGACAUUUUUAUUUCUUUCUGUCAAAUAAUCCAGUUGAAUAUCACUCUAUGGAGAGAACAGUGGUUACCUGCCUGUAGUAGACAGUUUAGUUAAAAAUAAGGGGCUAGAAAGUCAAAUUUCCUUUUGUGAAUGUUACAGUAUUUGCAGCUGUCGGGCAAAUGGCUGUUUUGAAAAGCAGUUUUCCUCACUCCUGUUUCUGGUAUUAAUGUUAUUUUCCUGCAGAGAGAAAAUCGCUUGAGUCUGAUGUGGUUUCGCUGUCAUCUGAACUGAUCACUGUUGUGCGUGUGGUUUCACCUGCUGUCUACGGAGAGAAGCCUGUUUCGCUCAGCUUGCUGACAUUGGCUCCUGGGGGGGAACAAAGAUUUGAAAAUGACAUUUGCGUCAGUUGUUUGGUCAACUGGUUAUUGAGAGGUCAGAGGAGUGUUUUGGUUUGUUAUUUGUUUUCUAUGCCCACAGUCACUGCUCUGUUUCUCCCCAGGUCUGACCUUGGCUGCGCUCUCGCUCUGUGAGGUUUGCAAGGAAUAAACUUUUUUGUUUUCUUGCAAA